AUGGCGCUUAUUCAGAAGCACGCAGUGACACCGUCCCAUCCUUCCAUUCGAAAAUGGAGACACCGAGCCCAGUCUAGUUGCAUGAAGAAAAAUACCACGGUACUGUUACUCUUGGAUUUUAUUCAAUUGAACACCCUGGCAGAAAAAUAUGGAGAAGAUCUUAUCAUACUUGGAUUUCCUUGUAACCAAUUUGGACAUCAGUGUUAUGAAAAGGAUUUUGAACUCCUCAACACGUUAAAGUAUGUAAGACCUGGUGACGGUUAUGCUCCCAAGUUUCAACUAAUGACAAAAUCAGUUGUGAAUGGCGACGAGCAAGAGGCCUUAUGGACGUUUUUGAAAGACUCUAUUCCCUAUCCAUGCGAUGAUCGUGGAGGAACGGGUUCGGAUUUUAUCUAUAAAACACAACCUAAUGAUAAACCUAUACAAUGGUCGCCAGUGCGUCGAAAUGAUGUUUCUUGGAACUUUGAAAAAUUUUUAAUUGAUAAAGAAGGAGUGCCAUUUAAGAGAUACUCGCCAAAGUUUGAAAAUAAGGACAUAGUCCCCGAUAUUGAUUCACUUCUAAACAAGUGA